AUGUUCGCCAGACCAAUAUCUGCUGCAUUCCGUGCAACUACCCGUCCCUCUUCUUCACAAUUCGCCUCCCGCUUCAUACAACCACAGUCCCGCCUCACACCUUUCGCCGUCAGACUGCUAUCUACAGAAACAAAAGCAGCAAUCGAUAAAGCAGUCGAAUCGCGGCCUGUGGUUCUGUUCAUGAAAGGCACACCCGAGACACCUCAAUGCGGGUUCUCUCGAGCUAGUAUUCAAAUCUUAGGAUUACAGGGUGUUGAUCCUGAGAAGUUUGCUGCUUUUAACGUGUUGGAGGAUGAGGCAUUGAGAGCUGGGAUCAAAGAAUACUCGGAAUGGCCAACGAUACCACAAUUAUAUAUCAACAAAGAAUUCGUGGGUGGGUGCGAUAUCAUAGUUGCGAUGCAUCAGAAUGGGGAGCUGGCAAAGUUGUUGGAAGAGAAGAAGGUUUUGGUUCCCGCCGAGGGUGAAGCGCCAAAGUGAUGAGGCGAUGAUUAGGAAACUGUAUAUUUGUUGUACAAAUGAACGACUCCACAGAUGUCACUCAUUUAUUCGAAGAAGAGCCAAGGAUGGUCAAGGAUCCAAGAUGAGUUAUGUCUUUCAUUCGUUCGUUCCUUAACACAACAAAAAUAAGUCCAA